AGAGCAGAGACAGAGUGGAGGAAGAAUUGGUUGGAGGGGUUUGGGAGAGAGUGGAUUUGGGGUGGUUUUCUUGACAUUGAUAAAAUGGGGUUUCCUUAUUUCUCUCUGGUUGUCGGGGCCUGUGUCUGCGUCAAUGGAUAUCCGAGUUUCACUGAGGAGACCGAGUCGUCUUCUUUUCCACACUUUUUUUCUCCUUCACUUGGAGGGCUGGUUCGAAAACCCACCAAGCAACACUACCGCCGCUGCCUUUCUCUAUGGUUCGUCAUUGAUGAAUUUAUAUGUUGUGGGAGAACAAGACAAUUCAAGAAGGUUGGUACUUGGUACUGCCAAGGAAUGUUUAUACACACCAGGAAUGAGCAGAAAGCCAAGAGCAUGUAUUGAAGAUACUUGGUCAUUCAAGAAUUAUACAGACACCUUAUGAAUCCCUUCAUGGGUCAAUACCCAUAUUUUGGUGCAUCACUUGAGCAGGGAAUUUACAUCCUCCUUUUUUGUCUCCUUGUGCUCCAGCUCAAGAGACACUGACAGGAUUUUUCAAGGCUGAAUAAUGAGUUUCAAUUCUAAUAUUUGGGAGGAAAGGCUUUGUCAGUGGAAGCUGGCAAGGGAGAGACUGCUACGAAGAACUGGAAGCCAAGAAGAGAUACCUGAUCCAUCUGACCUUGGUUCGGUAGAUGAGAUGGAACUUCGACAGCCAGAAAUGGAUAACGAAAGUCGGCAAUUUCUUUCAAGAAAAGUUCCCAUACCUCCCUCAAUGAUCUACCCCUAUAGGGUCUCAGUGAUCUUCCGGCUUGUUAUUUUAGUUUUUUUCCUCCGAUAUCGAUUGACCCAUCCUGUACAUAAUGCAUAUGGGCUUUGGUUAGCUUCAGUGUUCUGUGAAGUUUGGUUUUCCGUAUCUUGGAUUCUAGAUCAGCUUCCCAAGUGGCAACCAGUAAACAGGCAAACAUUCCCUGAACGCCUUUGCAUGAGGUACAACCAACCUGGAAAACCAAGUGGACUAGCUUCUGUUGAUGUCUUUGUCAGUAUUGCUGACCCUCUGAAAGAAUCACCUAUUGUCAUAUCAAACACUAUCCUUUCUAUACUUUCUGUAGACUAUCCAGCUGAAAAAGUUUCAUGCUAUGUUUCUGAUGAGGGGGCAUCUCGAUUAACUCUGGAAACUCUAUCGCUAACCUGUGAUUUUGCAAGAAAAUGGGUGCCCUUUUGCAAGAAAUUCCAAAUUGAGCCUCCAUCUCCUGAGAGUUAUUUCUCACAAAAGGUUGACCAUUUGAAAUACAACCCAUAUCCGACAUUUUCUAAGGAGAGAAGGUUAAUGAAGAGGCAAUAUGAAGAUUUUAAAGCCCAAAUUAAUGGUCUGAUAACCAAGUUCCAAGAUGUACCUUCUGAGGGUUGGACAAUGAAGGAUGGCACUCCAUGGCCUGGAAAUGACAUAAAAAAUCAUCUGGGCAUGAUGCAGAUAAUAAUGGGUCGCGGUGGGCCUCAUGGCAGUGAUACUAGAGCUUUGCCACAAGUAGUUUAUGUGUCUCGGGAAAAACGCCCUGGUUUCCAUCACAACAAUAAGGCGGGUGCCAUGAAUGCCCUGGUCCGAGUGUCAGCUCUUCUUACAAAUGGGACCUACAUUUUGAAUCUGGAUUCUGAUCACUAUAUAAACAACAGCAGAACUUUCCUUGAAGCAAUGUGCUUUUUGAUGGAUCCCAGUAACCAGAAGAUAUGCUUUGUUCAAUUUCCUCAGAGAUUCGAGGGUGUUGAUGCAAAUGAUCGGUAUGGGAGCCACAACACAAUCUUCUAUGAUAUCAACUUGAAGGGUUUUGAUGGAAUACAAGGGCCUUUUUAUCUUGGCACAGGCUGCUUCUUGUACCGGAAAGCUUUAUGUGGUUAUGACCCAUCUUUUGAGCAAAAGAUUCUCAACACAAGAUGGUUGGAUCUUAGAAUGAAGAGGCCAAGUGACAACCAUGGCCAUUAUUUUUCUGAUGCUUCUGAUGAAAGCAGCUCGAGUUUACUCGUUCAGGAACUGAACAGUCUUGAAAGGGAAUUUCCAUCUAGUUUCCAAAGCAUGGAGAUGUGUUUUGGCCAGGCUCCACUUCUUAUUGCAUCAAAUUUUGUUGAUGAUGACAUAUUUUCUUCGUAUGCCACAAUUGAAGAAAUUCUAAGAGCAGCAAUUCAUGUAAUCAGUUGUGAUUAUGAAGACAAGACUGCUUGGGGGAUAGAGGUUGGCUGGAUAUAUGGCUCUCAGACUGGGGAUGUUCUGACUGGUCUGAAGAUGCAUGCUAGAGGAUGGAGAUCUGUAUAUUGUAUGCCAGUUCGUGCCGCCUUUAGAGGAUCAGCACCUAUUAAUCUUUCAGAUCGUCUAACCCAGGUGCUUUUUUGGGCCACUAGCUCUAUUGAAAUUCUUUUCAGUCGGCAUUGUCCAAUCUGGUAUGGAUAUGGUGGUGGGCUUAAGCUGUUGGAGAGAGUUGCUUAUAUAAAUGCCGUCAUAUAUCCCAUUUUUUCCGUUCCCCUGCUGAUUUACUGUGCUUUACCUGCCAUUUGCCAUCUCAGUGGGAAGUCUAUCAUUAGUCCGAUUACUUAUGAGGCAAACAUCUGGUUCAUGCUUGUUGUAUUGUCUAUUUUCGCACAUGGGUUUCUUGAGCUUAGGUGGAGUGGUGUAAGUCUUCAAGAGCGGUGGAGAAAUCAGCAGUUUUGGGUGAUUGCUGGUGUAUCUUCCCAUUUCUUUGCUAUUUUCCAGGGUUUGUUUAAGGUCAUGCUGGGUUUAAAUACAAGGUCAAGCACAUUGAUGAAGACACAUGAUGAGGACAGUGCCAUCGAGUUUUAUAAAUUCAAAUGGACAUCACUUCUGAUCCUGCCAACAACAUUGAUUCUCAUCAACUUGUGGGCUGUUGUUGCAAUGAUCUUUUCAAUAGUUGUCCAUGGCUAUGGGUCUUUUGGCCCACUGUUUGCAAAGCUGUUUUUCUCAUUCUGUGUGAUUGUUCACCUAUACCCAUUCUUGAAGGGAUUAUUAGUUUGGAAGCACAAUAUUCCAACAGUAGUCAUACUAUGGUCUCUAAUUUUGGCAACCCUAUUCUGUCUGCUGUGGGUUCAACUUGAUCCUUUUACCACUAGGUUCCAGGGACCAGAUGCUGAGGCCUGUGGCUAUGAAUGCUGAUUCAAAUGCUUAACUUAGUGUCAGGUUUCACAGCUCAUGGAACACUAAAGCUUCUAACCUGCACUUAGAGGAAGACAGCCACAUUUUUUUACCCCACAAAGAUGGCACGAAGGCUGCCUUGCAAUUUGGGAUAUUUUUCAUUUGUUCUUGUUGUCUGCUCUCUGACACUUGUUUAGCACAUCAAGGCUUUCUGCUCCCCAGACAGGAGCUUCAUUUUCAGGUAUUUCCUGAUGUCUCCUUGGUUAUUUUCCUAGUUUCCUACUGAUGACUCAAAUCUGUACCUGCAUUAAUUUCAGUGCCUGGCAUGUUACUAACACUGUUUACCCCCAAAAAGGCAAGGGAGAAAGAUGUAUUUUGUAUCAGAUAGUCUAGAAAUUGUUUGCCACUUUGUGGAGAGCUCCUUGUAUCUCUGGCUAUCAUACCGCUAUGCUGUAUCUUUAACUUAGUAAGUUACCUAAUAAAAUUACAUGGCUCUAGAGGUGUUAUUCAUUUGUCAA